UACAAUUCUCAAAGCUUUAUUCGAAGCAUGUCUGAGAAUGAAAAAUUAUGAAUGCUCUUUUUUAUUAGUACUAGUCAAUUAAUUACUGAGAGUAAGAAAACUGUAAUUUCUUUGUUGACAGCUAGGAAACAAGAAAAAUUAUAUUUUUAUGUAUUUUUAAAAAAAUUAUAAGGUUGGAAGAGAUUUCAGUCUGUUGUUUCAAGUAUUUGCAACCCGUCGGGAAAUGAACUCAAAUUAGUAAAAUUUUCUGUAUUGACUACUAUACCUGUGAAUCAUGGUAUGCCUCUUUAGAUUAAUUGAAAAAUUUAGUUUAAAACAUAUUUUCUUUGGAGCAAUUUCUUGGGACUUUAAAAAAUAUCUAGACAUAGAAAUUGCAUAUUAAAAUAAAACCCAGCCUGUUCCGUAACCUCCAAAACCUUUGUUUGAUUCACUUUACCAAAUUAACCUUCAAUAUUGAUACAGUUUCUGCCUCCAUCGAGGAUUUCUAAAGAGAACUGUGUAGUUAUUUGAAGGGAAAAUGUUGUUGAGUUAUAGGGAAAAUGCACGUCAAUAGGACUAGAUGAGUUGCUCUUGUAGAAAGUGAAGCAUGAACACACUGGGCUGAAUGGUCUCCCUAUGUGCUGUAAUUAUUCUACGAUUCUAAUGUUGGAAGUGAAAUCCAGAGUAUCUCUGCAAAUUGUCUACUUCUAUAAAUCUUAUUCCACCGUUUCACAGUACUACUUAUAUUGUCCUGAAUUGUUCUAAAUCAAAAGAUACAGAUUUCAGUCCUUUUAUUUAUUUGCAUAUCCUCAUAUUAGUAAUGUGCUGAACUCUCUCUGAAGCCUGAAUAUCCUACAAGACUGUAAACACUAUUGUAAUUGAUGACUUAACAUUUUCUCAAAGUUUGUCACUGUCUCAUGGACUUUACCUUUGAUAUCACUGCAAUCCUCUUGAACAAGGUCUUUUAUGUACAUCUGUGCUCACUUUUGAAAUUUUAGGUACCAGUAAUUAUUUUGACACAUCCGACCUUGACAGUCAGUAUGCAACUAUCUGCUGCUUAAAAUGUAGAAUGCAAUGGAAGACCAAAAUGCAAAUACCGAAAAUAUGAAAACAGGAAAUGUUGUAGAUGCUUAGUUCAUUCAACAAUUGCAGACAGAACAGAUGGUUCGACUGUUUCUAAUAUUGACCCUUAUUCAGAAGUGAUGAAGGGCUACACAGGAAUUAUUUAUCCUUCCCAUGGAUUCUGUCCUCAAAGAUUCCAGCAUUUUUUGCUUCUGUUCCUUACGUUGCUGAGUUGAACUAUAGCCUUCUCUCUUGCAGAAUAUUCGCAGCAUACUAGCCGACUACCGUAGAAUGCAACUAUGCUUGGAUUCAUAUCAAUUUACCUGUUGGUUUUAAGCCACAAGUUUUGAUUUUAUUGUGUUCCGUUUCUUCGAUUUGCAAUGUUUGAUUUUAUUGAAAAUCACAAAUUUGACACUAUUAUUCUGGUUGUAGUCUUUCCAAGACUAUCAGCUUGGAUGUUUCGAAUUACAUUCGCUCCAAUCGCUUUAAGUUGUUGAUUCUGUUGCCCGACCUGAAGCUACAUAUAACGAAGCAUUUCGAGUUGCAGCAGUAACGAGGAUAACAAGAACAAGCGCGCAUCCAGCGGACAUCACCUCGAACGGCUUCGUCCCAUCCCUCGAAUAGGAAAGAGAAAGAAACUCUGUGGAGAUCUGAACGGUUCUCAACGCGCUUCUGGAAAUGGAACAGUAAAUGUACAUCCCAAGACCCUGGUUUCGAGAAGCGACUUGACUUGAUAAGAAUGCCGCUGGCUGACCCGGCUUUAAUUGUUCUUUGCCCCGACUCCUCGCGGCUCUGAUUGUUUCCACCCUUCCCUCCUCGCGGCUCUUAUUAUUCCCCCCUCUCGGCUCUGAUUGCUCCCCGCCCCCGCCACUCCUCGCGGCUCUGACUGUUUCCGAGACAACAAGGUGUAGAGCUGGAUGAACACAGCAGGCCAAGCAGUAUCAUAGGAGCAGAAAGGCUGACGUUUCGGGCCGAGACCCUCUGACUGUUUCCCCCUCCUUACUUCUCGCGACUCCAAUUGUUCCCCCUCACACCUCCUAUACUCCGCGAGCUCACGCUGCCUGUAAAGCCAGGCCGCCGCCCAAUCAGGGUCAGGCCUGUCAGCGCACGCGCACUGUCUUAGUGGGGGGCGGGGGGCUACGAUUUCAACAUGGCUGUGCUUUACCAGGAUGAAAAAUGUUGAGUUUCUCUGUUUCGAACCCUGAAUUCACGAAAAAUGGCGAGAUUGGCCGAUUACUUUGUGGUUGUUGGUUACGACCCUGAAAAGACGGGUUCUGUUGAAGGUUCAGGGAAGAUAAUUCAACGUUUUCCACAAAAAGACUGGGAUGAUGCACCUUUUCCACAGGGAAUAGAAUUGUUUUGUCAACCUGGUGGCUGGCAGCUGUCCACUGAACGAAAGCAACCAACAUACUUUGUGGUGGUUCUGACAGAUAUUGACUCAGAUCGGCACUACUGUGCAUGUCUAACAUUUUAUGAAGCAGAAAUUAAUUUGCAAGGAGCUAAACAUGAUACAGAAGGUGAAGAGGAGGAUACAGGGUUAAUUCAACCUGCACAGGUGUUUGCACCUAAAAGUUUAGUGCUAGUGUCCCGACUGGAUUACCCAGAAAUAUUCAAGCCUAACAUUCUGAAAAAAAUGUGUGAACUUGGCUCAUUGAUGACUCUUCCUAUGAAUGUAAAACGCAUUAGUUCAAAUGGUUCAAGCUCCCUUAAGAGAUUCAGUGUAUAA